UGGUCUGUCACUCAGUCGACACCAAAGGCGGCCCACGGUCCUUGUAGAGCGUGUGUCCGGCUUGUUUGCUAGCAGGAGUUGUUGGUGAUUCUUCAGGGCGGCCAUGGCCGAGCCACAACCCGCGUCCAGUGGCCUCACUGAUGAGACCGCCCUCAGUUGCUGCUCCGACCCGGACCCCAGCACCAAGGAUUUUCUACUGCAGCAAACGAUGCUAAGAAUUAAGGAUCCUAAGAAGUCCCUGGAUUUUUAUACGAGGGUUCUUGGACUGACGCUCCUUCAGAAGCUCGACUUUCCUUCUAUGAAGUUCUCGCUCUAUUUCUUAGCUUAUGAGGAUAAGAACGAUAUCCCCAAGGACAAGUCUGAAAGGACUGCGUGGACGUUCUCCAGAAAAGCUACCCUGGAGCUCACACACAACUGGGGCACGGAAGAUGACGAGACCCAGAGCUACCACAACGGCAACUCGGACCCUCGUGGAUUUGGUCACAUCGGGAUUGCCGUCCCUGAUGUCUACGGUGCCUGUAAGAGAUUUGAAGAGCUAGGUGUCAAGUUCGUGAAGAAGCCGGAUGACGGGAAAAUAAAAGGUCUGGCGUUCAUUCAAGAUCCAGACGGCUACUGGAUUGAAAUUCUGAAUCCAAACAAAAUAGCGACGAUUAUUUAGUUCCGUGAGAAUGCGCCUUUGAGGUGUCUGGGACGGCAGGGACAAGAAACAGCGCGUGUGAUUCAAGAUGCUGCCGUGGCCAGAAGCGUCAUGGACUGUGGGUCUCUGCUCCAGUUUAAAUCCUUCUGAAACCCUUUUCAUUGUCCCAAUUCAGUGGGUUUUAAAAAAAAAAAAUCUCCCCUCUGUUUAGCCAACCUAAUUUUCAAGUAGCAAUUUAUCUUAUGACCUUGACAAAGUUGUGUGACUUUCCUUUUAAGAUAAUAAUUAGAACAGUUCUCUUUAGAGACCACAGUUGCCACUGCCUGUCUCUUAAAGACUACUCAAAGUUUUGUUUCCGAUUCAUCAUUUAAAAUUUUGUUUCAAAUGUUUCUUUGGGCGGGGGGGGGGGGGGGGGUCUGUUACCUUCUGGGGUUUCAGCUCCUCAGAAAUAACUUUCCAUAGUGGGAAGUACAGAACAGUGAACAGAAAUGAUAUUUUUGUGUGUACUUCAAACAGCAUAGUGUUUAUCUUACAAAAGAGAAGGUACCCCUGAGAGCAAUUCGGAAUCAUGCUGACAAGGACACAGAUAGAAAUACUAAUAUUUUUUUUUUGUAUGUAUAAAGAACUUUCAGAAUUCAAGGACUAACUUUACUUUUCUGGGAAUGUGGAGGAGGAAGGGACUAGACAAUGGGCUAUGCUAUAAUAUCCUUUAUGUGAACCAGUACUGCCAGUUACCACAUGAAAAAGCAAGCAGAAAGCUGGGCGAACAAAGCAACCUGAUUGGUCUGAAGGCUUGGGGGGCGGGGUCAGCGUUUCUAAUAGCUGGAUUUAGCCUUGCAUAUCUCCUGUCCUGUGAAACCUGCAGUGAGUCUGGCCUUGUGCUCUUUGCUCGCACUCGGGCUUGAAUACCACAGAGAAAUAAGCAAGGAAGUCUAUAGUACAGGGCUGUUCUAGGGGACACCUGUGAGUGAGCCCCACAUCAUUUGGGGGGAGUCUUCCCCACCCCACAGUCUUCAGAUGCUUGUAAUCACGUAGGAUAAGUGCUAAGUCAGAUGUCGGGUGUUAACUCUGUGGUCUUCCCUGCUGACCAAGGAUUGAUGGAUUUCUCAGAGUCGAUUUGGAGACAACGACUGGAGGACAAAACCCAAUCCGAGGUCAGACUGCAGCAAAGUUUCUGGCCUGCUGUGGUGGAAGACGCAGGUGCAAUGCCAAGCGUUACCCAGCUAUGGGCACUUUGUUUCUUCUCGGGAUGGAAUGGAUUCAUGUGAGCAGUGUAAACACAUCAUAGGCUGAAAUAAAACUAAUGCUGUUUAAUGCAUAAA